UCCACACCAUCAUACAUUAAUUCCAUACAAUUUCGAUUCAUUGUUGCUUGGACGUGGCAGCCAUGACGUGAUUUUUGACUUUGACUUGGGUCUCUUGUUGGUUGGGAACAAAUUUAAUUUAACAAAUUUACUCAUUCUAAAUGCCAAUUAAUUACAUUCUCAAACUUCCAUUAUCUAACAACAAACUAGUGUUUAAUUUGCAUUCAAAAUUCCAACUCCAUCUCAAAUGUAUUGCAUUGAAAAAUAAAGUGAAAGUAUUGCUCUGCUCGUUCUCCUCUUCAAAAAAAAAAAAACUUCUUCUUUUUUUUUUCUUUGAAAUAAUUUUUUUUUUAUAAGAAAUUUUUUUGUGACUCUACUUUGACUUAGACUGUGUGCUGCUUUUUUCUCUGAGACUCUGCUCGUGUGUGCGAUUUUUUCAUAUUCUUCAAAAAAAUCAGUUUUUUCUCUUGUGUGAAAUAAGAGAAAAAAGCCAAAAUAUUUUAAAAUAAGUCACAAGUUUGUUCAAAACUAUCAAAUCAAAAAAAAAAAAACCCAAAUCAAAUUGAACGACGAAGAAGAAGAAAAAAAAAAUAAUACAAAAAAUUAUGAAAGUGCCGUGAAGGUUCGUUCGUCGUCGUCGUCGCGGAAUUUUUUUCUCUCCUUUUCCAUCUCUCGCCGUCUCCUGUGCGAUUCGAGAAACGAGAAACAUUUUUCCCCUAACAAAAAAAACAUUAUUUUUGGAUUUUCAUCAAUUUUGUCAAAAAAAAUAUCCAAAAAGGUGUUGAAAAUUAAAAGUUGAGAAAUUUUGCAGAAAAAAAAAAAUAAAACUCGUCGUCGAAAAAGAAGAAUUGAAAUUUCGAUUGUUGCUCUCUUUUUUUUUUUUUUUUUGUUAAAUAUUAUUUUUUACUCCUCUCCUCUCUCUCUCACUCUAUGUGUAUUGCUGAUAUGCUCUAACUCUGCAGUGUACUUGUGUGUGUUAAAAAGAGAAGACACUAUUUCGCAUCAACGAACAACAUCAAGAGGAUUUUCCUUUUUUUUUUUUUUCUCUUGAUUAUAUUUGGGGGAUUUUCCUAGAGCGAGUGGUGGAUGUGACUGACUGCAUCGCGAAUCGGAAUUGGAAUCGAAUCGAAAACAGAUCACAACAUACCGUUGAAAGUUUACACGUCUGUUUUUUGUACCUUAACCCAAUUAAUUUUUGUCUUGUUCGUGUUUCGAAAAGCAGUUAAAAUUGAGAAGAACAAUUAAAAAAGAGAAGUUUACGAUACGACUUCACAACCAGUAGCUGAAAGCAGUGGCAAUCAUAAAAAUAAAAAAAAAAAAAAGUCUCUAGACAAACUACGACAACGAGAGAAGAAACGUAGGAGGAGAGAGAACAUUGGGAAAGACGAAGAAGGUGAUCAAAGGGGGGGCUUUUUUUUUCUUUUUUUUUCAACUUUAUUUUAAAUAAGUAGUCAAAUCGAAUCGACAAAAAAAAAAGAAGAAAGAUAAAGCAAGAUAGCAAUAAUAACGAGACAAGUGAAGGCCCACCACUUACUUACAACAACAACAACAACAAAAAACACACAAACAAAUAAGAGAGAGAAAGAAAGAGAGAGCAAACACUCGCGACGAGUUCGCACUCUCUCUCAAAAGCAAAAAGCAAAAAAAACCAUAUUAUACACGAUACGAACCUCUAACAAGUUAUGACAAAUUCAUGUGUGUCGUCAAAAUGGCUUCCUCACAUACAAACUGGCAACUAUGGAAUGUCACAGAAUUCAAUAGAUGAAAGCAAGCAAUAUAUUUUCGUCAAAUUAACCGAUUCCGCUUAUCGGGCCGUCGAAGAGUAUCAAAAGAACGAAAACAAAUGCAAUAGUAAUGGCGCCCGGGCCAAGAUUCAAGUCAUUGGCAAUGGUGGGGUUAUAUCCUUUCCCACAGCCGACGACAGUGAAGGGCAAAAAUUUGGAUUUGCCAUUGAUGAUAUUGAGGGAUCAUUUGAGUGCAUUAAACAGACACAAAAUGAUCUCGAUGUAUUGGGGACACUGCCAUAUAAGAUGCGAAUACAGGCAAAUGAUGAUGUGUAUGAGAAGACGAGAGAUCGUAUGGCUGCUGCGGAGAGGACACAAAAGGAUAAAUGUACUAGAGAGAUUAAACCGAAUCAAACAGAUAUUGGGAGGAAGGUUAAGUUGAAAAAUAGUAUAGGAGGGGGAGGAGGGAGUGGAAGUAGCAGUGAGAGAGGAGGAGGAGGAGGAAGCAAUAUCAAUGGCAAUUUAAGUAGUAACAGUGGGAAUAGUAGAAAUGGAGUAAAUAGUAGUAAUGGCAGUAGUAGCAUUGUGCUUCCUAAAAGAGAUCCGGCAGCUUCCAAUAAUAAUUGCAGUCCGCAUUCAUUGAUUGUGAGUAAUAAUAGUAAUAGUAUCACCAACACCAAUAACCACCCUCUUAAGACAUCAUCAAACUCAAGAUCACCAAAUCCAUCAAUGUCAUUGUCUUCGUCAACGUCGUCGUCGUCCAGAAGUUCCAACAUUAACAGCAAUCUCGUUGGCAUGCCAACAUCUGCCUCAUCUCUAUCAUCAGCUUUGUCUUCGGCAGCUGGUUCGGGAACAUCGGGCAUUAGUAAUGGUUACUUUCGAGGCAAUAGUCCAGAAAUGAAGAUGAAUUCAUCCUCCAGCAACAAGAAUGGUCCAAAUUUAGCUGGAGGAAGUAAUCGCACGAAAGGUGGAAAGACAUUGGGGGGAGGUAAUGGUGGUAGCCUGGGAGGUGGAGGACUUGGUGGUGGUAAUAACUCGAACCAAACACGCCACAAAGGCAAUGAUAUUACCAAACGCAACAUUCGGGAACGUUUAAUUCACUUGUUGGCAUUGAAACCCUUUAAAAAACCCGAACUCUAUAGUCGUUUGACGAAUGAGGGUAUUCGAGAUCGUGAAAAGUCUUUAAUAAGCACGAUUUUAAAAGAAAUAUCAACAAUGCGUGACAACACAUAUAAUCUAAAACGACCAAUGUGGAAUGAUGUUAAUGAAAAUUGGCAAUUCUAUACGGAACAAGAGCUCCAGAUGCUUAAGCGACGUAAGCCGCAAAAUCUCACACCGCCAAUAAGUUCGGAUGCGGGUAGUUCAACGUCCGGACAGAGCCCAACAAGUACACAUAAUGGCAGUCCGCCACCAGCUGUUAAACGGCCACCUAGUCUGGACCAUCGGGAUCGUUGUUAUGAAGACCCGAAUGCAAAGAAGCCGCGAAUAAGUCAUUUUAAAAAGGACGGUAGCAAUAUUAGUAGUGCUAAUUCGACGAUUCUUGUUGCACCGCCACAAAGUAGAGAGAGUGGUAGUUGUGGUAUUGGUGGGAGUAAUAAUGAAAAGAACCAACAACAAAACCUGAUGAAUUUAAAUAAUCAACAAAAUAAUAAUCAUAUUGACACUGAUGAAAAUUCAGUUGAUCUGAGUUAUUCGGUAUUGGAUAAUGAUGAAUUUAUGAUGGCUGGGAAUGUUAUGGGCAAUAAUCGAAGAGGUGGGGGAGCACCAAGUGGUUCUUCUACUGGUGGAGGUGGUGGCUUAAAGAUAUAUCACAAUAAUAAUAAUAAAAGUCCCUUUAGUGAUGCGACGACGACGACGGCAACAUCAACAUCGUCUUCAUUGGCGAUAGAUAGGAAACGUUCGUCACCUUAUAGCAACAAUAGCACCAGUGGUAAUAGUAGCAGGCAACAGCAGCAGCAGCAAAAAAUGUCACCGAACAUCCUAAAUAGUAACACUAGCAAACAGAGUGUCAUAUAUUCGCCCAAUAGCCAACAACAACAACCACAAACAACGACAGCAUCAGCAACAAAUCAUCAUAGCAGCAGCAGCAGUAGCAGCAAUUAUGGUGGCCACUCUACUAAAUCCACCCAGCAGCAGUAUACACAUCCUCAACAACAGCAACAACAACAACACCACCAACAACAACAUCAAUCCCUUCAACUUCAACAGCAGCAGCAAAAACAACAACAUCAUCACCAAAAAAAUACGCAACAACACCAACAGCAGCAUAAAAAGAAUCAACAACAACAACAUAAUUAUCAACAAUUGCAACAACAUCAUCAACAACAACAGCAACAACAACCGCCACCACGCUAUGACUUUAGCAACUACACCAAGAUCGAAACCAUCGAGCAGCGUCGUCAAUACAAGACUGAGUUUGAGAACGAUUUCGCCGAGUACCGUCAACUCUUGACCCAGAUUGACAAUGUGGGCAAGCGGUUUCAAAUGUUGGCCGAUCGUCUGCAAAGCGCUCGCAAUGAUGCCGACUAUAGCAACAUUAAGAAGCAAAUUGUUAACGAAUACGAGCACAUUCGCAAUGAAAAAGCCCACCAAAGGGAUAAAAUGCGAUUCGAUUACUUGCAUGUUAAGUUGGCGCAUAUUAAAGGUCUUGUUAGUGAAUAUGAUAAGAUGUUGACUUCAGCGGCGGCCUCAGCAGCGGCAGCUGCAGCUGCACAACAACAUCAAUCUGGCCAAGCCAAUAGGUUGACAGAUCCAGCGGCAGCCGCACAACAACAGCAACGGUUUACGAAUGGAAGUAAUCAGCAGCAACAACAGAUGUCGGCAACAGAACCCAGCAGCGGCUAUUUUCCUCGGAGCAACAAAGUGUACAAUAUGACCCCAUCGCCGCCUCUGCAAAGGAAUGAUGGUGCUGGCGGUGGUGGUGGUGGAGGAGGAACAGGCGGAGGCGGGGGAGGUGGUGUCAUGGACAAUGGUCCAGCGAUACACCAUCAGCAAUCACACCACAUGAUCGACGAUGACACCUACUGACGACGAUUGUUUGAUGCGAAAUUUAUUUUGUAAGAAAAACUGAAUGCCUAGACCGACUUGCACUUAAAAAAAGAAAACAUAAAAACAUAAAAAAAAUUAAGAUAAAAAACAACACGCUGCAAUCUGCAACUCUUUAAACAAAAAAAACCCAACAACACACAACAGCUACUGAAGAAAAAUUAACUAAAAAGAAAAACUAAAAAAAAAAAAACAAACAAAAACACCUAGAAAAAUAUUUUUCACCAGCGAUUUUAUUUGAUUUUCAUUUUUUAUUCAAUUUGAUUUUGAUCAGAAGGAUGGAUUUUGGAUGAUGGAAGAUGAUGAAGAAGAAGAUGGGCCGGUGGCGGCCACCGCCUGUAGCUCUGCAGAGAUUAUUGUUGUACCUUACAAAAAAAACAAAAACAAAAAUCAAGUCCCAACAAACCCAACCCAACCCCCCAACUCCCUAUAAUCCCUUUUUAUUAAUCCUAUUUGUUUCUAAUUUUAUUUAUUUGAUGGCAAGUCCAACUCAAAAUUUGUUAAAACUUUUUUUUAUUACGUUGAAAAAAAAAAACUAAAAAUAAAAAAUACAACAUAUUUACAAAUUUUAAAAAUUUUUUAUAAGAUCAAACUUUUGUUGUUUUUCCCUUAAAAUUUAAAUUAUUAUUUUUUUUAGAGCAUUUAACACAAAGAAAAAAAAAAAAACAAAAAAUAAAA